CCCGACCUCCGUGAGACUGUUUUGACGGCACUCUCGGACCACUGCGCUCCAGCUCCCGAUACCAAUUGUGCUGUUCGAAUACCUCCUCCAAAAUGGCAACAGAAGGGGAGCCGAUCACGGACAUCUCGUCCAGACCCCUGUCAGAUAUGGAUAACCGCUCCGACACCACCGACGACGACCUCUCACCCUCCCUAGCCACGACACAAUCGUACGCUUCAGUACCCUCCCUCCGCCCGACUCUCGAUAAACCCUCAAUCACCCCGUCGUCGACACAUCUAGGUCAACUCAACGCCGCCCGACGCGGUGCUGGGACGCCUCAAAAUCGUCCACAAGCUUCAAUGAGCGGCGCGCAGCCGGGGGGAUUGAAUCAGGAUAUAUUAGCGAAGAUGAAGGCUUUCUCAUUGUCUCGACAGGGCGCCCCGCCCUCUUUGGCGCAUGCCAAUACGACUGGCUUGGUGCCCCGGGCUUCUCCGGUGGCAUCGGGUGGCAGUCCAGUAUCAGUACAGCCUUCACCAGGCGCAAAUGGCCCCUUGGCAGGUGCUUUUGCAGGCCGGAUACCUCCCACCGCUGUUCGUCCCGGUACCAAAAACUGGGUCUCUUCGCCUUCUGUGCCUCAUGGGUCCCCCGGUGGCAGCUCUCCUAAGCCUGGUGGUCUGGCCGCGAAACGUAUGAAGCCGGGGUUGAAGUUAUCGGACGCUACGGGUCUGAACGGCUCGCCGUCGCCUGGGCAGCCUGCCAACGGCGGGCCUGCUCCCCCCGAAACCGCAUUCAGCAAAUAUUCAGAAUUCAUUGAUACGAAAUCGGGGACGCUCAAUUUCAAAAACAAGGCUAUUCUCCAUGGCGGCGGUAUCGAAUUCUCAUCAGGUCAGAGUUUCAGCAUCUCCUUAGACGAGGUCGAUCGUCUGGAUGAAUUAGGCAAGGGUAACUACGGAACGGUGUACAAGGUUCGCCAUAGCCGUCCUCACAUGCGCAAACCUGGGAUGGGAUUACGGGGGAUUAUAAGUCGCAAUGAGGAUGGCGACUCCACUACGACGUUCGGAGUGAAGACGGAAGGUAACCUUUCUGGAGUUGUCAUGGCGAUGAAGGAGAUUCGCCUGGAGUUGGACGAGAGCAAGUUCGCUCAGAUUAUCAUGGAGUUGGAGAUUCUUCACCGCUGUGUGUCUCCAUUCAUUAUCGACUUCUACGGCGCUUUCUUUCAAGAAGGCGCAGUCUACAUUUGUGUUGAAUACAUGGAUGGUGGCUCAAUCGACAAACUAUACAAGGAGGGAAUACCCGAAAACAUCCUUCGCAAGGUAGCAUUAUCCACUGUCAUGGGCUUGAGGACCCUCAAGGACGACCAUAACAUCAUACAUCGCGAUGUCAAGCCCACGAACAUCCUCGCCAAUUCUCGCGGACAGAUCAAGAUCUGCGAUUUCGGUGUGAGCGGCAACCUGGUUGCCAGUAUUGCCAAGACAAACAUUGGUUGUCAGAGCUACAUGGCCCCUGAGCGCAUUGCAGGUGGGGGUGUGCAGCAGUCUGGGGCAAGUGGAGGCGGAACCUACAGCGUCCAGAGCGAUGUCUGGAGCUUGGGCUUGUCCAUCAUCGAGUGUGCCAUUGGUCGGUAUCCAUACCCGCCCGAAACCUUUAACAACAUCUUCAGCCAGUUGCACGCCAUCGUUCAUGGUGACGCGCCAACACUCCCUGAAACGGGCUACUCUGAAGAAGCACACUCCUUUGUCCGCGCAUGCUUGGACAAGAACCCAAACAACCGCCCAUCGUAUAGCAUGCUCCUGCGCCAUCCCUGGCUGUCGUCGCUUAUGCAGCCUCCCACGAACACCGACGCCGAUGAUACACCAAACGGCUCGACGAGGGAGGGUGGAUCCAAUGUCACGGAAGAUGAGGAAGUGGCAGCCUGGGUCAAGGAACAGCUAGACCGUCGCCAGCGUGGCUUGAUCCAAGACGCAAGCAAGCCUGCAUUACACGCCGUCGCCCUAGAUGCCGUUCCUGGGAGCCCUCUCCUUGAUGACCCCUCCGCUAUUUCCGCUCAAUGUUAACAUGUUUCAUGGUCCCUUGGCCUCUCACAAGA